GUGAGAGAAAACUAAGUCGUCUUCGAUAUUAAAAGAAUUGGAGCAUUCUUUUUAAAAGUUUUUUGAUAUUUUUAGAAAAAAAUGGAUCGCUUUAUCUUUCCCUUGAUAUUGGUUUGUUUCCUCUACUUGCCAAGUGGACAUGCAGGACAGACAGGCUCUGAACAAAGCUUUCUUUCCAGGCACUUACUUCAGGAAAAUGAAAGCUUUGCUGACAGCUACCCAUUUCCUGCUGAACUAUUUAAUUAUCAGCAGCUUCAAGAUGGAGCCAUAGUUCUCUACAUUAUUGGGUUAAAUUGUGUAUUCUUUGCCCUUGGACUUGUGACUUAUCACUUCUUCCUACCUAGCAUCGAUGUGUUCAUUGAGAAAUUUGAUAUCUCUCCUGAGAUAUCCGGAGCAAUCAUACUUCCAGCAGCUUGGGCACUUUCAGAACUUAUCACUUCCAUCAUUGGAGUCUUUGUUUCCAUGAGAGAGGUGAGCAUUGGAACCAUUGUAGGAUCUUCAGUUGCAAAUGUUAUCUUUGCCAUUUUAACAUGCGCCUUUGCAUGCACAAAACCUUGUUCUCUGAAAGCAGGGCCACUGAUAAGAGAUAUGUUGUUCUUUGCGGUCAGCAUUAUUCUACUGGGACUGUUUUCAGUGGAUAGUCAGUUUAAAUGGUGGGAGGGAUUGAUUCUGCUGUUCUGGUAUAUUAUGUACAUCUUGUACAUGUCAUUCAGAAAAAAAAUUGAAAGUGUGUGCAGGCCCUGCUGCAAGAAAGCAGAGAAAACUGAAGAAGGGAGCGAAAAUGUUGAAGAAAAUAAUGAAUUCCAAUUCAAUCCUGAUAAAAAACCUGUCUUUGAAGUUCAGUGCUGUAAACCUGAUGAUAGCGCCCCUGAGAUGAAGAUUCAAACAACUCAGCAAGAGACGAGCGCAAUUCUACGGUUUUUGUCAAGGCUGAUUUGGAUCCUGUCCUUACCCUAUGUCAUCCCAAUGUGGAUUAUAACUCCAGAUCCCAAAAUUCGAAUCUUAAAAAAUCUUUUUCCUAUUACAUUCAUUGUCAGCAUUGGUUGGAUCAUGGGGUUCUCUUACUUGAUGAUAUGGUGGGCCUCUACAAUAGGGGUUGUACUAGGCAUACCAACUAGUAUUUUAGGGAUAACAGUCCUGGCUCUGGGUUCCCAUAUACCUCUGCUUAUAGCUGUUGUUCUGAUGGCAAGACAGGGACAUGGAGACGUUGCAGUCAGCUUUUCAAUAGGAUCCAAUAUAUUUAACGCAACCGUCAUACUUCCAAUUCCGGUCAUCUUGAACAAAAUCAUUUUUCAGCAAGACACAUAUGUCAACUCUUACAGAAUGGGUUGCAGUAUUGGAUUACUUUUCAUCAUCUUUAUUCUUGUUCUUCUUAUCAUCCUCAUUUUUAGAGGGAGAAUGACCAAGUUUAUGGGAGUUAUACAAGGCAUUCUUUAUUGUCUUUUUGUUGUGGUUUCCUUGUUAUUUGAGUACAAUUAUAUAAGCUGUCCAAUCUAGAGGACUUUUUCUCGAAUUUUGCUUUAGUGUCAGCUGUGUGCAAAGUGGAGAUACGCUUAAAUAUUGAUUUAAUGUCGUCUUCCUAUUCCAGGAUUUUUUGGUUCUCACUGAAUUCCAUAUGAACUUGAGGCCUAACCCAGUCUUAAAGAAAAAGAAAAAUGUUAAUAUUUUAUUUCAAAAAUUAUUAAACAUUUUCCUUUUUUGAUGGUUGUCCUAGCACUAUUGCAUAUAGGAAUGCUUCUAUUUUUUAUUUUUUAUUCUAAUGGAUAAUUAUAUUUUUUAUAAACAUUCUUGUUAAUGUUUUUUUUUGCUUCUGUGAAGCUAUGAUGGUUAACAUUAACAAUAUAACAAUAAUGCAUAUUUUAAAAAUUAUUGAUUAACAAUGUGGGUUUUGACAAUUGUAAUAUCAAUAUGUUUCAAGUUCCUUACUUUAUUGAUUUCUCAAUUCAAGGGAAAUAACCUGGGGAAUUCAAAGGAUUUAAAUAAAAUUGUUUAACAAAGAGUUGUUUAAACACCCCCUUCAGGUUUUGCUUCAAAAUCGUGAUCAAAACCUUGGAAAAUUAAGACAGCUUUUUUGUUAAAAAAAUAACUAAUUUUAAAUUGUUUUGUCAUAGAUUAAUAGCAUAACCUUAAUUUUCACUUUCUCUUGGUACUUUUCAACCAAUUAAUCUUUAUGUAACAGCAAUUAAUCUUUAUGUAAUAGCAAUUAAUCUUAAUGUAAUAGCAAUUAAUCUUUAUGUAAUAGCAAUUAAUCUUUGUGUAACAGUAAUUAAUCUUUAUGUAACAGCAAUUAAUAUUUAUGUAAAAGCAAUUAAUCUUUAUGUAAUAGCAAUUAAUCUUUGUGUAACAGCAAUUAAUAUUUAUGUAAAAACAAUUAAUCUUUAUGUAAUAGCAAUUAAUCUUUAUGUAACAGCAAUUAAUAUUUAUGUAACAGCAAUUAAUCUUUAUGUAACAGCAAUUAAUCUUUAUGUAAUAGCAAUUAAUAAGCUUCAAAUUAAUGCAAGUUUAUACCUAAAAGGAUAAGACAGGAAAGAAAAUCUAAAAUCAUUAAAAAUUCUUGAUGAUUAAACCUUAUGCCUUGAAUAAAGUCUUUAAAAUGGCUAAUAUUUAAUAUUUUGCCAAAGAAAAAAACAAUUCUGCCUCGGGAGGCAAUCUUGAUUAUAAGGAAACACUCUGCUACCGUACAAUUAGCGUUGUUUAUGGUUUUGGAUCGCGUUAAUUUGAUAAAACUUCCAAGAUGUCAAAACAGUGUCAAAGUUUGAUUGCAAUAUUUUAACUUUCAAAUAUCUUUAUCCUAAAAAAUUAAAAAUAAAUAGAAAAAUAUCCUGAAAUGAUAGUACAGCACAGCCAAGGAGUAUGAAAUAGAAGGAAGAUACAACUGACGCGGCCCGCCCUACCAUAUGAUUAUACAUGCUUUGCA